GCCCCGAAAUAAGUCAGCUCUGUCAGCUGACGAGGGCGGGCCCCAGCGACGGUUCCUCAAGGAAGUUUCACUAAGGUUAUCUCGUCAGUGUGCUGCCGAUUGGGGUUUUUGCCCUCCUCCAUGCCAAAGCCUGCUCCGGGGGAGCCUGUAUGAGCAGGGGGAGCCAGCGGGCGACAGCCAGGGACGCGCCACAAUGGAGACGUUCAGCUCCAGGAACCUGGCCCUGCAGGCAGAGAAGAAGAUCCUGAGCCACAUGGCCAGCAAGUCGGUGGCGAAUGUCUUCCUGGAUGACACAAGCAGCGAGAUCCUGGACGAGCUGUACCGGGUCUCCAAGCUGCACACCCAGAACCGGGCCGAGGCCCAGAAGGUCAUCAAGAACCUCAUCAAGGUGGCCGUCAAGAUCAGCGUGCUGUACCGCAACAAUCGGUUCAGCGCCGGCGAGCUGGGCCUGGCGGAGGAGUUCAAACACAAACUGCACCAGGGCGCCAUGACGGCCGUCAGCUUCUACGAGGUGGAGUUCACCUUCGAGCCGGGCGUGCUGACCCAGCUGCUGCAGGACUGCCGGGAUAUGCUGCUGCAGCUGGUGGAGAAGCACCUGACGGCCAAGUCCCACAGCCGCAUCCGCCACGUCUUUGACCACUUCGCCAACGACGAUCUGCUCAGCCACCUCUACAGCCCCGGGGAGCCCUACCGGCCCCACCUGCAGAAGAUCUGCCAGGGCUUGAACAAGCUGAUAGAGGAGGGGAAGCUGUGA